AUGACCGAAAACCACUCAGACGACGAGGACACUUUGCUUUUGCACGAGCCAUCAGUACAUUCAGGUGCCAAGUCUAGUUCUGUACCACAGAUAAGUGAUCAAACUUUUGAACUUUUUACAUCUUAUUUUGAUAGUAAGAUUUCUUCUCUGAAGAACGAGUUAGUCUCCGGGAACGACUCCCUAGCUAAGAAGCUCAAGAAAGAGGUGUCUGUUAAGCUUAAGGGGGAAGGGAAUCAGAUUCAAUACUCCUUCAACUCAGAUAUAGUUUCCGAAUUGCAGAAACUUCAGAAGCGUACAUCCGCGGAAGAUUCCGUUAGCACCAAUUUGAUAUCGGGCCUUAUUCUUAAAAUCAACAGGAGGAAUAAAUUGAUUCGAAUUGCCGACAAGUCGCCAGCAGGCUGGUCCACAGUCAGAGAAUACGAAAGUGAUGACCUGGCAUCAGAUUCAGAAGAUGAAAAACGUUUACGGCAAGCAGAAAGCAGGGCCCUCAAGACAAUCAAAGAAAAGAAAACCCGUGGAAAACCUUACUCAAAACCGUCCGCCACCGUUUCUAGACCUGCCAACUCUACUGAUACUAGUAACAGUUACUAUCAGCCUUACAACGCUACUCAGCAGCCCUUUCCGAGGUUCCGUCGCCGCGAGGCGACCCCAUACGACACCUGUUACGAGUGUCACCAAACUGGCCACUUCAAGAGGAACUGCCCAAAAGCAACAAACAAACCAACCUUUGGAAACUUGUCAAAGUGAAAAGAUACAAGGUUUUGCAGAUGUUUUUAGUACUGGUCGUUGGUCUAAGGAUAAAAUACCACAGAAUGAAGCUCUUAGCAAUCUUGCAAAAUGUCUUCCAGAUUAUUGUUUAAAUUCUAGAGCUGAUAAUACUAGAAAGAAAUACAGAUUGUUGUUGAUUUUGAUUUUUAGUGGGAUGGAGUCCCGAUACGGUGUUUUGUUAUAUUGAGAAAAUUGUGUGAUUUACUAGGAGUAAUUUGAUGCAGAUGGAUGUUUGAAUGACAAUUGAAAUAUGAAUAUAUAUGAAAUGGUUUUGUUGUUUGAAGAAAAAUAAAGUAUAAGUGUGCUACUCACAAGGAGAGCUCAUUCCUAUUGUAUACAUGUGUUGAGUUUUAUUGACUAAAUAAUUUAUGUUCGGUUAAG